AUGUCUAUCCUGCCAAAAUUACAGUAUCUCUUCCGCACACUCCCCCUACAGCUCCCACCAGCCUACUUUAAAGCGGUUCAUAAAGAUAUGACUAAAUUCAUCUGGGCAGGCUCCAGACCAAGAGUAGCCAUGAAGGUGCUCUGUGCACCAACAAAGGCGGGGGGACUCGCGGUCCCAGAUAUUGAGGCCUACUUCCAUGCCUCGGUACUGGCCUCG